CUGACUUGUCUGUUGGCCGUGGCUUGCCCAGCAGUCAGAGCUCGGCGAGCUCGCGUGCUCACGCGUGCGUGCGUGUGUGUGUAUGAGAGUGCGUGUGUGAAUGUGUGCGUGUGAGAGUGCGGAAAACACGUGGAUGACGUCAAAGCGUCGGCGAGCCUGGAAAAUCGUCGUCACAUGAUAUGGGAGGAGGAAGACUCGAAUUAAAGAUGAGCUGAAACUUGGUGGAAAGCGCUCUCUCUCUAUCCCUCUGCAGUGGCGGGUGGCAGUAGUGGUGGUGGGGGUGGUGUGGAGAUGCCGGGUGCGCAGAACUACAUGCGCAGUGCCCCGUUUCGACGUUUGCGCCACCCAUUGGACGAGUCGCCUGCCUGGACUCUGCUGGGCAGUUUGCUGUGGAGCUUGCUUGCCUUCUUUCUCGCUCUUCCACUGCUGCUUGUGUUGGCACUACUGCUGCCUGCCGCAUAUGUGCUGCGUUGGCUGCUGCUCAUGCUCUACUGGAAUCGGAGACGGUCGCAAGCUGCAUCAGGAGGAGCCGAGUCGAUGCGGGGUACCGAGUCUCGCUGGCUGGGUGACUCAUGGCAACGCAGUGUGGUCCACGCAGUGCUGGUGUUCGACUCUCCGCCUGCCGUCACCGACCUCCGCCACCUUUUCCUCAGCCGCGUGCUGCCCCUCUGCCCCCGGCUGGCCAGGCGGCCCCUCGCCCUGCCCACGGUCGGCCACUGUUGGCUGCCCGACUCGCACUUCAACAUCGACAACCACGUCUAUGCCCGGGACAUUGUCAACGAGGCCCACUUGCAGGAGUACGUGUCUGGCCUAGUGUGUGAGGGACUCGCGAGCGACCGACCACCGUGGGAGCUGCGUGUGGUGGGGAGGUGCGCGAUCCUGCGCGUUCAUCAGUCAGUGGCGGACGGUGCAGCUCUCGUCACGCUGCUCUGUCGCUGUCUAGCCGAUUCACCUGUCAAGCCACGGCUGCAGGCGCAGAGACAUGCACUGGGCUUCUACUGCGACAUGCUGCGCGCAUGCCUACUGGGUCCGCUGACGCUGCUGUUCUGGCUACUGGUGUCAACCAGUGACUGCAACCUGCUCACCAGUCACCGGCAGACUGUAGCCAGUUCUGGCAGCCAAGGCAGCCAAGUCAAGGUCACAUGGUCGGCAGCCAUCUCAUUCGCGAAGGUAACGCGGGUGAAGCAGGUGACCAGAUCGACGGUGAACUGUGUCCUCCUGUCUGCACUGUCCGGGGCCUUGAGGUGUCUCCUGCAGAGCUGUGGAGUGAGGCAGCCGCCUGACCUUAAGAUCGUGCUCCCAGUAGAUCUAGGCCAUUGCAGCAAUCCAUCGGCAGAGUUGCGGCUAGGCAGCCGCGUGGCUCCAGUUGCCAUGACACUUCCAGUGAACACAGAGGGCGCAGUGCCGCGGCUGUGGAGUACGCGACGCACCCUCAGUGCACUCAGACGCUCUGCAGACCCUCUCAUCGUCUACCUCGCCACCACCACCCUCAUGUCUCUCCUGCCCGGCCACUUCGCCAGGCAUGUGCUCUCCAACAUCGUCGAGAAUAAGGCUAGUCUGCAGUUCAGCUCACAGCAAGGCCCCCCCACACGGGUGCAGGUGGGCGGUUGCACACUCACCAGUGUCUAUGCUCUGCUUCCCGCCCAAUCACAGCUCUCUGUUGCCGUCUCUGUCUUCACCUAUGACGACCAGCUCUCUGUCACUGUCGCAACCGAUAGCACACUUGGUCCUGCAGGCCGCCUACUCAUACAUCAUCUACAGGCACAGAUUGAAUCACUCUACGAACUACUCAAAAACCGGAGAGCUCCAGGAGAAUCGAAAAAUGAGAACAACUUGUACAGAUUCCCCGAUGUUACCAGAUCACCAGUUAGAGAGAUAGCGCACAGACUGAAUCACGUUCAAGAGGAAGUGAGAAGACUGAGCCACCAUGACUCCAGCGAGCCAGAGAGACUGCAAAGACUGAAGGCCGAGUUCUCUCAUCUGCUCAGGGAGCUGCGCAAGCGCAAGUCCAGUGGAGCAGGUUCACCUGAUCAGGAUGUGGACGACUGGGACAAGAAGUUGCGCUCUCGACGUCGGUCGAUGUCCUGUUCGUUCAGCCGGCGUCCAAGCUCGACGCUCAUUGGCCUAAUCUCAUACAACAAGCGACCAAUCAGCUGCAUCGAAUCAUCUUCUUCCGUCAACCCCCCGCACACCUCACCGUCUGGCAACCGGUCACAGACAAGACGCAACACAACCGGCUGCACACAACCAAUGUCAUCAUCGUCAUCCUCAUCAUCAACGUCUCACUCAUCGAACUCAUCUUGCAACCGUCGCACAUCAACACCGAUCUUCAGCCCCGUCAUCGACCGUCAACGCUUGACCGAGAUCAAAGAAAGUCCCACCAGACCGUCUUCAGAAGACGGCAAGCGGCAAACUUUCGUCAAGAGCUACUCACAACCGUCAGUCAUGCCACACGAUGUCCAGAGGGAAAUUUCUUGUUCCAACUCGAAUCUAUUAAAAGCUGCAAGUUACCACUCACAACCGGUCUUCAGAAUUAGUGAGGAAUCACCUUUUGUUGUCCCAAAAGUUUUACCCAGCAAUGAAUCCUACAACCUACGGCGGAAACUUCUAGAACGCAACAUUUACCCAGAUUACAACUCCUAUAUAACAUCCAGGCAAAGUAGUGUACCCCACAGGGCAGAAGACGCCAGGACUAACAGGAAACUUGACGAUCGCCCUGUUUCAAGUUCUCUCGUUUACUGUGAUUACAACAACGAUCAACAUCACGAUGCAAGGUCGCUGAAAAGAACAACUGAUGAUCCAGGAAUGCAAGCGUACCCCAGUAAGUAUAGUUUCGAGAGUGAGCUGUAUGAUGAGAUACUCUACGUGAUCAAGGAUAAUGAGCAGUUGUCGUCACUGUACAGUGGUUGUUUCGACUCACCCAGGGAAUGCACCCUCAGAACGACUAGGAUAGAUAGUUGUGAUCAGGAGGAUGUAAGAAGCACAUACAUGUCAUCAACACCCUCCCCCAGCUCAUCUCAGUGGGUGAGCUCUGAGAGUAGGUACAACCAGUACAUGGCCGAGGCAGCUCAGCCCAGCUCCAGCAAGCAUCAAGUUGCAGGCUACUCGUCAUCCCCAAAGGAGAGCUACAGUUGGAGAUCCUAUGACAAAAAAAGGAAACAUGAUGAGGAGCAGCUCUCAUCGUCAUCCUCAUCAGUGUCAUCCCCUAUGAGACACCAUAAACGGUCGUCAAUUUUUGGAAGGUAUAGAAAGUUUUUCAACGAUGUUGAUGAUGAUGAAAUAGUUGGGAGUAAUAUGGAGCUGUCACAACAUCAUGGAGGGGGCAACAAAGUGCAUUGCUAUGAACAAGAAGUUGGCUAUGACAAUCAGGGUUCUGGUAGUCCAUACUCCCCUCAAAGUGGUCAAGGAUCUAGAGGGUACCGAGAGGCCAUUGACAACCUCUCAGAUUUCGCCAACACUGUGCAUAAGUUUGGAAGCAGCUCCCGGGUUGAAGCAUCCAACUGUGGUGUACAUUACAAUCCCAAAUCCCAAGUGCGCUCGACAUCUUCCUCGAAGUCUUCCCUGCUCUCCUCGCAAUCAUAUGGGUUCAGUGACAAAUCUAGAGAUGUGUCACCUUCCUCAAGGUCGAGUCCCAUGAACCGGAGUCGAUCUCCGCUGACUACACUUUCAGAGGAAACACGGUUGACAUCAACUCUGGCCCUAGAUGACAAUCAAACUGGGCAGGAAUAUGUAAGUCAGAGAGGCAGAGUUAGAGAAGUUUCAGCUGAGGACCAACCCUCAAGGUUUCUGCGGGACAGACAAUAUGACAAGGCGUUGUCUUACUUUGUCACACAGAAAAUCAACAGUUCAAGCUUCCAAAACCGACAAGCAGACACUGCUUAUCAUUUGACUCCUUCAGCUUCUCCCAACUCUGCAUCACCCUACAACACCACACGGCAACAGCAGCACUUAAGGUCUCCCUUGGGACAGCAACACCCAAGAUCUCCUCUGGGAGACCAUCUUCCCCAUGUGGAGGUUUUGGAAUCGUCUUCCACCAUGUAUGUGCCCAAGUACAAGCAAUCCUCAUCCACUUCCCCCAAGUCAAACUCCACCUUGGAACCUUCCCAGGUGACCCUGAACAUGGAUCAUGGACCAAGUCAGAGUGACAGAACUGUUUUCACCACUUCUCUCCCUUUACUAUCCAGCUCAUCCUCUUCAUCAUCGAACAGUAUUGUUAGCUUCAUGCGGAUACCGUUUGAUGAUGAUCCUAACGGCUCAAGUGGAGGUGCAAAUGCUUCCAGUGGUUACCGACCAAAGAAGACAAACUAUAGUUACAACAAUAAGGGCUAUGAUAAUGACCAAGAUAAAGUGGCAUUCAUUUGAUACAUGUUGCAAUCACUCAAAACAUGUCUUCUUAUACACUUUGAAUUUAUUUGAAACACGUUGCAAUCAUUCGAUACAGGUUUCAUCCUUUCAAUACACAAAUAAUUAUGCAUUAUUUUAAUACACUCUGCUACGUUUGAUAAGCUUUGCAGUUGUUGGAACGUGUUGCUCUAGUCAAAUUCCUUACAUAAGUUACAGGCCUAAUUAAUUAUUAUUCUAGAAUUUUGAGAAGCAAUAUUAUAAGUUUAUCAUUACUGAUAUUACAACACACCUCUAAAGUUAAAGGUGUAUGUUAGUUUAUCUAUGAUAUGUUGUUAGAGUUGAUGAUAUAUUGGUAUCCUGUAGUUGAUUGGUAUUCUUUAUUGUAUCUUAAUACAAUACAAUAUUUUUCCAUUUUUGCCGCUUAAAAAAAAUACUAGAGAACUAAUUGAUGGGAGUAAAAACCAGAAUAAUGUGGAGCAUUUUUAUAACUGUAUUUUGGAAUAUCCUUCUACUGUAUCUGUGUUAGCAUCAGGUGAAGACAUAUUUUGUAAGCUAUGGCUGUGGUAUUCUCUUUUCUUCAAAUAAAACUGACUCUUAUUGUGUCCUAUUUCAGUGAUCUUAUAAAUUGUAUCAUAUUCAGUAAAUUUAAUUCAAAUAUAAUCUCAAAUCUGAGAAUUUGAGAUGUAAGAAGUAACAAAUCAACAGUUUUGGAACGAAUAACUUUUGUAAUACUGUCUAUGUGCUGGGGCAUAACCUAGAAUUCAAUCUCCUACCAUAACUGCAGUAAAUCAUGAUUGAUUUGUCAGAGAUUACAAGAAUUUUCUCUUUUUAGAGAGUUUUCUCGGGAAGAUGUAUUGUCAUAAACUAGUAAUGACAUUAUAAAUAAUUAUCCUCCAUGUUUUGUCUCAAAUUUCUCAAUUUUUCAACUCACAAAAAACUCUGUUAUGAUUUAUCAUUCAACCGUUUUUAUUGAGAAAAUAACAAAGAACACCAUAAUGGCUAGAAUAAGUGACUGUGGCCUAAAGUAAUUCAACCGAGAAUUCAUGAAGUUUUGAAACUAUUCAUAACUCAUAAAUGUGAAGAUAUGAGAUUCAAUCGAUUGCAUUUACUCCUUUCAAGUUUAUUUGAUGGAUAGAUAGAUUUAUAUUCAUUGAUUGAUGAAAUAGGCUUUAUAAAAAGUAAUUACAAUACCAUACUACAAAUCAUUUAUCGAUCUCAAAAUUAUAAAUGUAGAAGCAUCCAGACCAAAAAAUAGUUAAAUUAUUAGCAGUAUUAUUAGACUAGUGAAUUAGAUUAGAUGUAUUUGAGAUUUCAUAUAGAUUCUCUCGUUCUUCCAAUAACUAGUUAGUAGGGUACCUAGUUAUAUGCACAUAUUCCAUUAAAAGCACUGCAUUUUAUCUACAGAGCUUGCAUAUGAGAUUAUCAAUUCAUCAGUAAUAUUAGAAGUAAUGCUCAUAUUAGGUGACUCAAUAAUAUUCAUAUGUUGAUGAUAAAUGGAACUUGUGUCGUGUAAUAACUGGUUACUUUCUAGUUCCAGUUCAUCCAUUUCAUUCAAAAGUUCCAUUCCUUCAAAUAAUGUAGUAGAGAAGUUGUUGAUGAUUGAAGCUGAAUUCGUUGAUAGUUUUGUAUAUGGUUGUGAGAAUAAUAAAUAAUUUAUUGACGACUGGAAAUUGUCAAAAAUAUAAUAAUUGAGUAUCAAUUUGGUAUCAUGAUCAAAAACAAUAUAUUAUAAAAUCAUAUAACUCAGUCUUUCUGGAAUGGCGUAUUCUAGGUACUUUUAGCAAAACGAAUAAGAGAAUCUCUUGUAAUUCCCAUGAGCCAACUCUUGAAUAAAAUUCAACUGGAUAGACAGUUUGAAAAACUUCAUCAUCAGUUCAUCAUUUUUUGAUCAUUCACAAAUUUUCAUAGCUUUUUAAAUCAAUUUUUUGAUAUACUAAAUAAAUUAAUGCACCAGAGCUUCUAUCAAGUAGAAUCACGCUGGAGUAGAUUACAAGUUCAUUAAAAGGCUUAAAAUAAAACGUCUUUUAUAAACAUAAUUAUUAAGCUAUUCAAUUACGACUACGAUAUUUACAAUAUAUAGUAUUUUUAUAUAAAUAUUUGUAGCUCAUGCAUAGUGAUAAAUCUAUAAUUAUUAAGUACUUGGUUAUUCUAAAAUUAAGUAAAACUUAAAAAAUUGUUUCAUAUUGGGCCAAAUGCAAUAAAGGAAGACACUGAUGGAAGCAUACCUAAAACUAGACUGGAAAUAAACUGCAUGGUGUAUUGAAUAAAGCAAAUAGGUAGUUGUCAACUACUAUUACGAUAUUGACAAUUUCUUUUUUGUUUUAUCAAUUGUAGAGAGAUAACAAAAGCAUCAUUGUAAAUACAACUAGCUAGGCUAGUUGGGGUGAAUAAAUUGAAUUACACAAGCACUUUUCUGAAUACUUUCCCAAUUUCAAAUUCCAUUCUUUUUAGAAUUGUCCAUCUUCAUCCUUUUAAAUAUUCACUUUCAAUUUUCCUUUCCUGAAAUUUUUCAUUUCCAAGUUUGUUAUAUUAUUUAUAUUGACAAUCCUAAGUUUUUAUCAUCGCACAUUAGUCCUUGAAUUAACCAAAUCAUAUUGAUUUGCAUUAAAAUGAGUAAUAUCUUUGACUAUAGAAAGAAUUCUUUCUAAGGUAAUAUUCUAUUUUUAAAUUAAUUUAAACCUGUAAAAUUCAUUGUUACCAAUGUAAAGCCACAAUAUAAAUUAUAAAAAGGACGAAAGUGCUUCCUAGCUGGUACCAAUGCGAAAAACUAAAUUUAAUAAUAAAAUUGUGAUAGAUAAAACCAAAAAUAGCUUUAAUUUGAUCUGAUUGAAUGAUAAAAUUGGCUUUAAAAAUACUAUUAAAAAAUUGUAACUAAUAAAUCAAAGUAGAGUAUUAAGUUGGGUUUUAUAGUUACCAAACCUCAAUUUUGUUUAACAAAUUCUUAAUAUAUAUUAAUCUGUAGUUUAAUAAUUAUAUAGUGCAACAUAUUUGAUUGAUGAUAAAUAGAUAUAUUUGAAUAUAGAUCCAUUUAUGUAGUCUAUCAUCAUCGUAGAAUUUAGCGUCGUAAAUUAUUUAUUACGGUACCUAUUCGAUUCACUAGCAUUAUUAGAGAAUUUAAACGUACAAAAGUCUGUUAGAGAUUAUCUUCUAUUGAAUCUACAAGUAGUUUCUUAUACUGUAUCAUGAAAAUAGCGUUUUCCAUUAUUGAUAAUACAUUUAUUUAUUAAAAAAAUAUACUAUAGGCUGUUAGAUCUCGAAACAAUAUUUUUUAAUAGUCUGUUAAUACGAUAAAGUAAUAUUGAGGUUUAUAAUGGUUUGUUUUUAUUCUGUCAACCCUUCCCCAUCAACAUUAUUAUUUUUAUUCAUUGAGAAAGUAUGAAAGUUAACUAAAAUUGAAUGUAAAUCAAUCAUUAAACAAUGCACAGAUUGCAUUUAAUCGUGUCACCAAUAUUAUGAAAUCACCUAUU